AUGAAGUGGUCUGCUGCCGCGGGUGCGGCACUGCUCGCCCUACCGGCCAACUCUGCAGUCACUGCACCCCUUCCCCUCAAGCUCGAGACUCGGUCGUCACUCAACUCCCGUCUUUCCAACAUCCAUGUUGAGCGUUCAGCAUCAGUGGAGGGCGCCGUCAGCUACACCUACGGUUCAUGCCAAGCCAGGCGUGAAGAAGAAGCUCAUCACUCCAUCAGCCAGCCCACUGACGCUCACCACGACCGUCUCGUGUGGGUAAUUCCCGAAAAUGUACAGUCCGAUGGCUGUAUCUCAGCCUGGAGCCGCGCCAACGGCCGUCUUGUCGGUCGCAGCAGACCUCAGUCCUUUGACUUCAAGUCUAUCAAGAUGCGCCGUGACCUCAAGGCCCGCGCUACAAAGCCAUCAGACUCCGUCGCCAUUCAUAUGACUACGGACAACGGCAUCAAUCCAUGGGGACCGUGGUUCGACGGUGUCAAGCUACUUGAGGACAAGGAGAUUUCCGCCCUUGAUGUUGAAAAGGCCAAGAGCAAGAACAUCGCCAUCGUUGGCGCCGGCAUGUCCGGUCUCAUGACCUACCUCUGCCUGACACAAGCCGGCAUGACCAAUGUCAGCAUCAUCGAGGGCGGCAACCGGCUUGGUGGCCGUGUGCACACCGAGUACCUUUCCGGCGGGCCUUUCGACUACAGCUACCAGGAGAUGGGGCCCAUGCGUUUCCCCAACACCAUCACGCUUGGCAACGAGACGUACAACGUCAGCGACCACCAGCUCGUCUUCCAGCUGGCCGAGGAGAUGAACAGCCUCAACGGCCACUCCAAGAACCUGAGCGUUGACUUCAUCCCCUGGUACCAGUCCAACUCUAACGGCCUCUACUACCACGACGGCAUCAAGAACCCCGAGACCGGUCUACCACCCACCCUCGCCGAGCUCGCCGCCAACUCGUCGCUGGCGCUCACCCGCGUCUCCAACAACUCCACCAAGUCCCUGAGUGAGAAAGUUGACGCAUUCCUCCCCGACACCGACAAGUUCUUCGCUGAGAUGGCGCAGAACAUGUUCAAAGCGCACGCCGACUGGUUGAGUGGCGGCCUAGCCGGUUUGCCCGGCGACCAAUGGAGCGAGUUCGGCUUCAUGGUGAACUACCUGCGCGGGUCGCUCAACGACACGGCCUUUCUAAGCGCCAGCGCUCACUCGUACUGGGACACGCUGUACGAAGGGAUGUACUUUUCCGCGUCGACCUGGAAGACCAUCGACGGUGGUCUCAACCGGUUGCCCCUCUCCUUCCACCCGCUCGUUGACAACGCCACCACCUUGAACCGCCGCGUGGAGCGCGUCGCAUUUGAUGCCGAAACCCAAAAAGUCACGCUCCACAGCCGCAACAGCUACAAAGACUCGUUCGAGUCUUCCGAGCAUGACUACGCCGUCAUCGCCGCCCCAUUUUCCAUCGUCAAGAAAUGGCGUUUCUCGCCCGCCUUGGACCUGACAGCACCCACCUUGGCCAACGCCAUCCAAAACCUCGAGUACAGAUCCGCCUGCAAGGUCGCGCUCGAGUUCCGCACCCGUUUCUGGGAACACUUGCCUCAACCCAUCUACGGGUCGUGUUCCACCUCUUCCGACAUUCCCGGCAUCGGAUCCAUCUGCUACCCCUCUUACAAUAUCAACGGCACUGAUGGCCCCGCCUCCAUCCUCGCCUCGUACAUCUCGGGAGCAGAGUGGGGCGACCGCUGGGUUUCGACUCCGGAAGAAGAACACGUGCAGUACGUGCUCAACGCCAUGGCGGAAAUCCAUGGCGAAGAGCUGGUCAAGGAGCAGUACACGGGCAAGUUCAACAGGCGCUGCUGGGCGCUGGACCCCCUGGAGAGCGCGUCGUGGGCGAGUCCGGCGGUUGGACAGCAUGAACUGUAUCUACCGGAGUACUUCCAGACGAGAAACAAUCUGGUGUUUGUGGGCGAGCAUACGAGCUAUACGCAUGCGUGGAUUGCAUCGGCGUUGGAGAGCGGGAUUAGAGGCAGUGUCCAGUUGUUGUUGGAGUUGGGGUUGGUGGAUGAGGCAAAGGCGACGGUGGAUAAGUGGAUGGCUAGGUGGAUUGAUGUUUGA